CUGCUGCUGCUGCUGCUAGAAUCGAAGGCUGGACCCCCGCCGGCCCGCUCCGGUGCUGCCGUCGCCGCCGCUCUCCUCCCCGUCGCUGGUGUGGGCAGAGUGGGAUGGAAGAGGGAGUCUGGGAUCUUUACAGGGAAAUGCUUUUUGCUGCUGGAUCUCCUCCGGCACCAUUCUGGUGACAACAACAUGCCGUUAAAAUGGAAGAGCGGUUCUCCUGUCAGCUGGAAAUUCCCGGUGCCAGUUCUUAAGACGUCCAGGUCCUCACCGCUCUCGCCCGCUUACAUCUACCAGCACUCUUUUGUGGUGUGGACAUCCCACUCUACUUGUCCGACCUACCAGCAGACCGGAUCUCUGGUGGAGGACGACGACGCUCACAUGAAAGUGGCUCUGGGCUACGGUGACAUGGGCAUCUCUGCCCACCUGCAGGCCUCCAAGACUGGAAACACUCGCUUCUUCACCAGCAACACGCACAGCUCUGUGGUUCUUCAGGGAUUCGACCAGCUGAGGAUAGAAGGUUUACUUUGCGACGUCACGCUGGUGGCUGGAGACGGAGACGAAGCGUUCCCGGUCCAUCGGGCGAUGAUGGCGUCGUCCUCCGACUACUUCAAAGCAAUGUUCACAGGUGGAAUGAAGGAGCAGGACCUGAUGUGCAUCAAACUUCACGGCGUGAACAGAAUCGGCCUGAAGAAGAUCAUCGACUUCAUCUACACUGCAAAGCUCUCGCUCAACAUGGAGAACCUGCAGGACACAUUGGAGGCUGCCAGUUUUCUGCAGAUCCUGCCUGUCCUGGACUUCUGCAAAGUCUUUCUCAUAUCAGGGGUGUCUCUGGACAACUGCGUGGAGGUGGGGCGCAUCGCUAACACGUACAACCUGACGGAGGUGGACAAGUACGUCAACAACUUCAUCCUGAAGAACUUCCCGUCGCUGCUGGGCACCGGAGAGUUCGUCAAGCUGCCGUUCGAGCGGCUGGCCUUCGUUCUGUCCAGCAACAGCUUGAAACACUGCACUGAGUUGGACUUGUUCAAGUCGGCGUGCCGCUGGCUGCGAUAUGAGGACGGCCGAAUGGACUACGCAUCCAAGCUGAUGAAGAACAUCCGCUUCCCUCUCAUGAACCCUCAGGAGCUCAUCAACCACGUGCAGACAGUAGACUUCAUGCGCACGGACAACACCUGCGUCAACCUGCUCCUGGAGGCCAGCAACUACCAAAUGAUGCCGUACAUGCAGCCGGUCAUGCAGUCGGAACGGACAGCAAUCCGCUCGGACAAUGCCCACCUGGUGACACUGGGUGGCGUCCUACGCCAGCAGCUGGUGGUGAGCAAAGAGUUGCGUCUGUUCGACGAGAAGGCUCACGAGUGGAAGGCGCUGGCGCCCAUGGACGCGCCGCGGUACCAGCAUGGGAUCGCUGUCAUCGGGAACUUCCUGUACGUUGUUGGAGGCCAAAGCAACUACGACACCAAAGGAAAGACGGCGGUGGACACGGUGUUCCGCUACGACCCGCGCUACAACAAAUGGAUCCAGGUGGCGUGCCUUAAUGAGAAGCGGACCUUCUUCCACCUCAGUGCGCUCAAAGGUCACCUGUACGCCGUGGGAGGACGCAACGCCGCCGGAGAGCUGGCGACCGUGGAGUGCUACAACCCGAGGACGAACGAGUGGACGUACGUGGCCAAAAUGAACGAGCCGCACUACGGCCACGCGGGGACGGUCUACGGAGGCUACAUGUACAUCUCGGGAGGAAUCACUCAUGACACGUUCCAGAAGGAGCUGAUGUGUUUCGACCCGGACGCAGACAAGUGGACUCAGAAGGCGCCGAUGACGACGGUGCGCGGCCUCCACUGCAUGUGUACGGUGGGAGACCGGCUGUACGUGAUCGGGGGAAACCACUUCAGAGGCACGAGCGACUACGACGACGUGCUGAGCUGCGAGUACUACUCCCCCGCCCUGGACUUGUGGACUCCCAUCGCCGCCAUGUUGCGCGGCCAGAGCGACGUGGGCGUGGCCGUGUUCGAGAACAAGAUCUACGUGGUGGGGGGCUACUCCUGGAACAAUCGCUGCAUGGUGGAGAUCGUGCAGAAGUACGACCCCGAGAAGGACGAGUGGCACAAAGUCUUUGACUUACCCGAGUCGCUAGGCGGGAUCCGGGCCUGCACGCUCACAGUUUUCCCCCCGGAGGACCUUUCGGGCUCCCCGUCCAGAGAAUCGCCACUGUCGGCGCCUUGAUGACCAGAGAGGGGGAGCUCGCCGACCCCUCCCCCACCCUCGUCCUCUCACACAACCCACCUACAGACGUUUGCACUUCCUCAUCCAGCUCCAUCUGAACGACUCUAGUUCCUGCGCUGAGGCUCUGCCGCACCCUCCCCAAACGACCAGGUCCAGUUUACUGGCAGCGACUGGAUCCAGGUCGUGGGUCGGCAGGUCGCUCCCAGUUUCUGGCAGGACGUUCCUCGACUUGAAAAGUGACUUUGCAAAUCAACUUUUCUACCUGAUGUCUGGACUCUUCUUGUCCCCCGAGACGAGCAGUCGACUGUGGUGAACCCGGAGUAGAGCCGGGCUGGUUUCUAACUCAGGGCCCCGGCCCCGUCUGACAGCUUCACUCUUUCCUGCCGUCGCUCCGAAACUGUUGACGGCGUUUUCUAAAUUUAAUAAACCUUUUCAAAGUACAGCGCGUGGUGUCC